AAGACGGACUAUUUUUACAGUCGGAUGCAAGGGAAGACGAGAUCAGCCACAAAGAAACAUUUUCAGAUGGACGCUUGCAUGCACUUGAACAGCUUUGGGUGGCAAACACAAAAGUGAGCCAUUCUACAUGUGACAGCUACAUGCAGUGUUUCAUUGGAUGUGACCCAGUUUGAUGUGCGUUAGCUUCAGUGCAGAAGGAAGUGAUGCGAGACAUUAACCUCAAGAGAACGUGCAAUUCUGCACUGUAACAUCACACAAAGCCUGGAUCGCUGGCUUAUCAGCUCACAGCAGCUUUCUGUCAGGGCUUCUUGGCCAAGUGGCUAUCAGAAGAAGACACCACUGUCACCACAGGAAACUCACCCCUGUCUUUUCCCUUAGUCCGUUGUCAUCGUGAGAGAUUGUUCCGAGCCACUUUGACAUUCACCAUGUAAGUGUUCAUCUCAUUAGUAUGCAUUUCAUUUGUGUAAUGUCCCAGGACUGUCAAAACUUUCGGGUCAGCGUCUGAACCAAAUGGACCCUCUAGACGGAACCGAUAUUGAAGCAAACCCAACAGGUAGUGAGAUGAUGGAACUUCCUGUUCUGACCCAACCUGGCCUCGGAGUGACCACGACAACAGUGACCACUAUCUCUCAAACGGGAGGAGACUGGAGCACAGGACUGUUCGCAGUGUGCCGUGACGCCAGCACAUGUCUGAUGGGUGCGUUUGUGCCCUGCUGUUUGGACCUGAGUCUGGCUCAUCAGUAUGGAGAGUGCAUGUGUCUGCCUCUGCUGCCUGGCUCUACGUUCGCCAUGAGGGUGGGCAUUCGAGAGCGCUAUAAAAUCAGGGGCAGUGUGUGUGAGGACUGGACUACAGUAUACUGCUGCUACCCUCUGGCCCUCUGUCAGAUGAUCAGAGAGAUGAAGAAGAGGCUGAAGACACAGACCUACACCGUUUCUACCACGCUGGAGAGCUCCUGAGAAACU